CGAGCGUGAGCCGAUGUAAACACUAGCCUUAGCGCCCAUCUCUAAUUCAAAACAUAAAAAACGAUGUCGCUGGGCAAGAAGCACGUGUUGGGGUUUUCGCCCAAUGGUGGCCAACUAUUUGCCUCGGUGGACGAGCAGGGAGUUCUGCGGAUAUGGAACACAGAGACGAACACGCUGUAUCAGGAGUUUACGCCCAAUCUACAGUUAUCCGGGUCGUGCACAGCGCUCACGUGGGUUUCGGUGGCCGGUUCCCGACCCAAGAAGUCGCGGAAGAGCCUGCACGCACAGGAUGCAGGUGAUCAGCUUCACAUUGCUCUGGGAACGUACAAGGGCUCAGUGGUUAUAUACUCAUUGGCCGAGGGAAAGAUUUCUCGAACACUCAGUGGUGACAGCCAUGAUGGACCAGUGACCUCAAUUACAUAUGACAACGCUGGUCACCUGUACACCGUGGGUGCCGAUUGUAGGGUUGUCGUUUGGUCCUUGACGGAUGAGCGCUCCAUCGCCGAAUGGCAAGUGGGACCCGAGAAGCCCCAGAAUAUAGUCUACCUGCAGAAAAGCGGCACCCUGGCCAUUGGCUCCCGACAGCUAAAGGUAUACGAUAUCAAGACAAAGGAGCUGGUGGAAACGUUCACCGGCCACUCGGGCGAAAUAAACACCAUCAGCAGCGUGGCGAGCACAGAUGGCACUGAAUUCGUUUUGACCACCGCCAAGAUGGAGCGCGUAAUCUGCUUCUGGAAGAUCGACAAGAAGGGCAAGAACAAAGCCUCCGCCUGCACACUCCUCAUGGAAGAUUUGGCCUACUGUCUGACCAGCGAAGUGCGCGACGAUGGUCAGCUACGUGUGGCCAGUGUUACCCGAAAUGGCAUUAUACACAUUUACCUGUUGAAUGUAAACAGUUUAUCCGCAGAGAAGUUCGUGAAGCCCAAGGUUUCGCUGCAGAUCGUUUCCGAUGGCGCCGAAACAGUGGAACCACUUCUAGCAGUGGCGGCACACUUUGUGACAGACUCAAAUCGCUCCCACGAAAUCCUCUUUGGCUACGGAAGCCGCCAACAGCUGCAGUUUGAACGCUAUACGCCCAACUAUGGCGAGAAACUAAACGUUAUUGUGCGCGCCGAUCCCAAAAAGCGGUAUGCGAAAAAGAAGGGAAAGGAGCAGCCGGGCUACGUGGCCGCCACCAAGGUCCAGAAGCCCAUUGUAAACCAAAAAAAUGUGGAGUACAACAACGCCCUGCCCAUCUCGCAGAAGAAAGUGCAAAACGAAGUGCCCAUGGAAGCCCGACUAGAACAUCUUAAAAUCCAAGAAACCAAACUGAGUGGCGGCAAGUUGUUGACGCAGAGCAAGACGCAGCUGCUAAUGCAGGCAUUACACAGCAAGGAUCAGGCGAUGAUACAAGCCGUUCUGAGCACCCAGGAUCCAGAGACGAUACAGUUGACCUUGGAUCGGUUACCGCUCGAUUAUGUCAAUCCCUUGAUUAACGAAAUUUCCAUCCUGCUGCAAGGAAAGCACGCGAGUGUUCGCUCCGCCCUGCGUUGGCUGCACGUCCUGACCUCCACCCACACUAGUGUCUUGCUGUCCGAGGACAAGGAGGCUCUGCGCGAAAAAAUGGCCGUUUGCCUCGGCGUGGCGGAGCAGCGCAUGCACUGUCUAUCGGAAGCUUUGCAAGUAACCGGGCGAGUCAACCUGAUAAUUAACCAGAUGAACCGGAACGCGGUCAGUCAUCUCAACGAUAACAAUGCCCUGAUCCUGGACGAAGACCCAGAUGAGCCCCAGUCCGAAGCAGAAAAGAACUGGAGCGAUCUGGAGGAGGAUCAGCCAGACAGCCCGAAGAGCACAUUGGAAGACGAGCUGAUGGCCGACGACGACCUGGCGACCGACGAUGGUAACGCCGACGCAGACACAGACUCUGACGUAUCCCAGGAUUAGACAGCCUCCCCGUAAUUUAAGCUUAAAAUCAAUUCCCUGCGCCGCGCCGCGAGUAAAUAAAUUAGCAUUGUUUUUCAAACACAGGCUUUUACAUCGAA